CCGUGUUCGCUCAAGCCUGGCGGCGCAGCGGAGAUUUCAAGCUUCCUCCGCUGGGCGGUCGCCCUCCGAGCCCCCCCCCCGCGUCGCGCGGGCCGGCGCUCCGCCGCGCCGUGCCCUCGAGCGCCGCCCUCGAGCCGCUCGCGAGCGCGCCGCCGCCGGCUCCGGCAGGGCGGGUCAGCUCGGGGAGGUCCUCCCGCAGCUGGAGAGGCGCCGAUGGCGAUCCUCACCAAGCCGCGGCGGCCUCUUCUGCAGUGCGACUGCAAGGACGAGGGGCUGGAGGAGCAGGCCUGCCUUGACCAGAUGGUGAAGCGGUUCCCCAGCGCGCCGGCCAACGAGUUGUUGCGGUUUUGCCAGGCUCGGCCUGGCUCCGUUGACGAGGCUAUCGAGAUGUACGCCCAGCAUUUGAAGUGGCGGCGACAGGAUGGCGAUCCGGACAGGCUGGCCGACGCCUUCAGGGCCGUGCCGCAGCACUUCUGCCGGCCCGCCGGCAGGGCCCGGGACGGCAGCCCGACGCUGCUGGUACAGGGCGCGCGGUACGAUCCAGCGGUGGGGAUCAAGCCCUUCGUCCUGGGUCUUUGCCACGUCAUGGACCAGAUGGGUUGCGCCGAGAAAUUCACGCUGCUGGUCGACCUGCGACCUGUGGAGGGCUGGCCGAAUGUGCCCGCCUACCGCAUGGUGCCCUUUAUUCGUCUCCUCGCCCGCGUGUGCCCCAACAACUACCCCGAGCGGAUCCACCGCAUACUCGUCUACCCGUUGCCCCCGAUGGUGGAGCAGCUCUGGCGGGUCAUCAAGUCGGUGCUGGAGGAGGGGACCCGCAAGAAGCUCGAGGUGAUCUCCGGCCCCUCGGAGCUGGGGUCGCCCUGCCCCAGGGAGCUGGGCAGGCACGUGUCCUACGAGCAGCUGCCAGAGGACGCGAGGGGCAUGCACCGGUCCCUCCUCCAGGAGGCGGAGGCCGAGUGGGACACGUGCAGCUCGGGCACGGCGUUCCACACGCCCAGGUCCACGGUGUCGGCGAGCAGCUGCCAGAGCAGCUGCCAAAGCGACGGGGCCUGGUGCCUCCGGCCGCCCAGGGGCUGGUACAACUGGUGGGUCGACCCCCUCGCGGUGGCAGAGACCCGGGCCCACGCCGUCGAGGCCGGUGCCUUGGACUGGGACGCUGGGCUGGAGGGGCCAGGUACCGCCCUGCACGUAGCACAGCGUCUGGUCCCAGCCGACCGUGGCGCUGCCGCCCUCGUAGGGCCCGAGCUCGCCAGCGCCGUCACCCUGCAUCGAGGGCCCGAGGAGGCGGCGGCGGCCGCCACCGCGGGGCUGGAGGCGACCGAGAGGGCGGCGGAGGCGGCCGUGGCAGAGCGUCCGGCGUGUCCGGGCGCGGGCGCGCAGAGCCUGGAGGCCUCCGCCGAGCAGGAUUUGGCCCGCGGCGCCGCGGCGCCGGGCGAGCCAGCGGAGGGGGCCGCCCCCGCGGAGGAGCGCAGCGCGGGCCGCGGCCUGGAGCGCACGGCCUCCCCGCGGCGGUGCCCUGGCGGGCAGGAGCAGGAGCAGCAGCGCGAGGCCGCCGGCGCGGGGGAGGCGCCGGUGGGGCGGCGGCCGGAGGAGCCGGGCCCCGCGGGGGCACGGAGCCGGGAGCCCAGCCCGGAGGGCCCGGCCCCGCUGCUGGGCAGCCUGGGGCCGCGGGGGCGGCGGCCGCCGCGCGCGGCCCCCGCGCACGAGGCGCAGGCGGCGAAGCCGCACGGGCGCGCCCGCGCGGCGGGGGGGCCGGAGGCCGGCGCGGCCGAGCAGCCGAGGCGCGGGCCCCCGGCGACGAGGGGGCCGGGCGGCGGCGGCGCGAAGGCGCCCGCCCCGGCGGCUCCCGCGGGGCGGGGCGCGGAGAGCCCCCCCGCCGCGGCGGCGCCGCCGGCGGGCCUCCCCUCGGCGAGAGGCGGGGGCGCGGCGGCGCCCAUGGGCUCCGAGGCACUGCCGGCCAGCUGUGUGCGGGCCGACCUCGCGCCGGGGGCGGCGCGGCCCGACGACGAGGGCGCCCCAGGGUGCCCCGCGCCCGGGGGCGGGGAGCGGCUGCUGGCGGGCUCCGUGUGGGCAGACCUCGCGCCCCGUCGGGCGCUCGGCAGUCAUGGCCCAGUGCUGGGGCAGGGGGUGACUGUCCCGCCGCCGCAGACCUCUGAGGCGGGCCUACCGCGGCCCGUACCUCAGCUCACGGGGGCAGCGCAGCGGUUGCCAGCUGGCUCCGCGUGGGCAGAGCUCGCGCUCGGCGAGGCGGUUGGCAGCCAUGACCGAGUGAUGGAGCACGAUGAAGCUGUCUUGCCGCCAAUUUCUGAGGCGGACCCACCGCCGCCCGUGCCUCAGCUCGCGGGGACAGAGCGCCCCGAUGAGGCUGUUGCGGCGACUGCUGUUUGCGAUUCGCUUCGUCCUGUGCCUGAGAGCAUGCAGGUGGCCCACAGUUCCGACUCCGACGAGUGUUUUGUGUUCGGCGAGGUGGGCAUCGAGGACUGGAGCUGCGAGAAGAACGAGGACGCGCUCGUCGCUGACCGCGCGGACCCCCCGCCCAGCGGCGCGCCCGCACCCGCGGGGCUGCCAGCAUCGCCCUCGCAGGCCGACGCCGAGGAGCUGCCGGGCACGCCAGCAGGCUCGCAGAGACGUGCGGCGGAGACGCCGCGGUGGGCCGACAUGGAGUCCGACCCGGGCGAGCUGGCAGGCCCAUCCUCGCGGGGAAGCAGCCCGGACCGCGGCUCGCAGGCCGAGUGCGAUGGGAGGGGCGGCCUGACCAUGAGCACUACCGCGUCCAGUGCUGAUGACGUCGCCGCUACCGGGCAGGGCGAAGACGAGGCGUGCCUGGUUACACUCGGCGCGCUCUGCGAGGAGGCGGUGCUGCUGUCACUGCCAGAGGCGGCACAGUCGUGGGCGGACACGUUCGAGGGCGAGGUUGCAGCCCUGCGGGAGAGGUUCCAGGUCUCCUGCGAGGUUUCCGGCUGCAGGCGCUCCGUGGAGCUCCACGGCCCCGUCUGCCAGGCGGUGCCAGCCGCGCGGGAGCUGCGCCGCGUGGUGGCCACCUACGCCGGAAGAGCGCAACUACCAGGACUGACCUCCCCAGCCAGCGCAGCCCCAGCGCGGCGGCACUGGCCGCGGUCGCCGCCCGGCGGGCAGCGCGCGGCCCAGGCCAGGCCCGGGCGCCGCGCAGGCAGCCGCCCUGGAUAUGAUGGGUGGCCCACAUGAUCUACGAUGGAGUCUUACUCUGACUGUUCUGAGGGCACAGGACGGCUUAAUCGUGUGCUUCGGGUGGCUGCGGCUGCAGCAUGUUGGCCAGUCAUGUGUAGGCAUCGGGCUAGAAUUCGCAUUACUACAUCUUGUAGUACGUCUGUCUUCAUGUUUCAAACAUGUGGGCACACUCUGCUAAGAGCUGCAGCGGCUAUACAACAUGGCAAGCUGUUUUCCUUCAUAUUCACUGGAAGCGUUCCACGGCCUGCGAGUUGAGCUCCGAUGUUCUUGCAUGUCUUGCGGUGAGGUGGGAUGAUGGGCCUGUUCUGGUGAAGGAGUGGCAGUGGAUGCGAGUGUCAUGCGCGCGGACUUUUUCAAGGCCAGUAGGAAGUCGGAACCCUCCAGUCGGGCGGGCUGAGAUUUUCCAGUUAUUGCUCGUCACAGCAGGGCACGACCGUGCCGUGCCAAAUGUUCGCAAGAUGUCAUCAAGGAUGCAGUUUUGCGCCAGCUGAUUGGAGGAUCAGGCGAAGCCGUCCCGUCCAGGAACGUGUGCUUUGGCGAGCUGCUCGUCGAGAGGACUGUUGGCGAGGCUGAUGUGAUGGCGAGGUCGAAUCUGAAUAUGCGUAGGACGUCAUUCCGCUGGACCCUCCAGCAGCAGUUUAGAGAUGGCGUGUACAGAAGAUUUGCCAGCUCAGUACGACUUGUAGCAUCCACUGAUCCUCCAAUCACAGCAUGUGCCGUUAGCUUUUUUUGCUGUGCCUUGCACGGCGACGCAUUGCAUUCGAUGCUUGGUGGCGGACGUCGGGAGCACGCGACCGCGACGGCGAGAA